UCGUGAAGGUCGUUUGCCCUCUAUUGAUCCCUGACAUUAUUCAACGUUGCAUGUUUGCUCGCGCGCCAAGCUUGCAUACUGAUCGUUUUGGUCUACAGGAAUGGCAUCGUCUAUCAAAACACGGUCUGCCCGACUCUUCCGGUCAUCGGCAGGCAUUCGCAAGCGCGCUCACGACGCAAAACCACGGCAGUCUACCCUCGAGCGGGCUCAACAACAGAUGAUCCGUUUCACCAGAUCCAAGGCCAACCAUUCGGACGCUAUGGUCAAAUCCAGUGAUCCUGCAACAGAGCCCAACUCUUCUCUAGAUGACGACAGCGAGUCCCAUCCACCAGCCGGCUUGGGUUUGCUGGACCUGCCCCAGGAACUCCGCGAGAUGGUCUACGCCCACUUCCCUGGUGUUGCGGUCAUCCCCAUCAAUCAAGACCCUGCCACGUUCCUGCAACCCGCCAUCAGCAAGACAUCCCGUCUCAUCCGCGAGGAAGCUCUCAACGUGUUCUACUCGCGGAAGCGCUUCUUCCUCGACCUCCGCGGCUGGAAAUCCUCAGCAUACCCGUCCACGUGGACACCUCGCAGAAUAUUCAACGAGUGGGUGAAAGCCAUUGGAACUAGUAACGCCACCCGCAUUAAACACCUGGGCUUUUUCUCCCACAACUUUACCGCAAACAUCCAAAUCUCCACCCAGAAACCGCCGACUUUGAUCCUCAAAUUCCGCACCCUCUCGCACAGCAAGGAGGUCGCAGAAGGCAUAGGGGCUGCAUACAACUUCGCCAUUGCCGCUCGCCGAGCCGAACAGGGUUUGCGACUCCUCCUGGACAAGAUUGAGCCCCAGCUUGACAAGAAUGGUGGCAUUAAUGUGGCCGACAUGAAGAAGAUCUGCCGGGCGAUCGAGCUGAUCCAGCCGUUUCUAUGCACACGGCCGAGUCUCGGCUGGGCUGGGACUACGAUCCCGAGGGACGACAUGCGCAUGGAGGAUUGGCCUUGCGCGAAACCCCACGUGCGCAACUGCGGCGAGUGUGGCUACCUUCACAUGAAGUCACUUUGAUUGGCAGGGCAUCGUGCUACUCGACCAGGCCGAGAGCUAUUGCGAAGAUUGGGGAAGUCUUUCCUGGGGUGGAUGUGUGGUUUUGGAAACAUCGAAAGCUUAACUUGGCAUACAGCAGCCUUCCAAACACUGCUCGUGGCUGCUUGCGUAUUGCUGUCGGAUUCAGACGGGCUGGACGUUCUGGAUUACAAUGCGGGGCCAUAAUGGAUAGACCUCACAGCCGAACGAAUCGAAUGUCAUCGAGACCAUAAGCGCAGAUUCAUCUAAUCAUCGAGAAGCUGCUGAC